AGUUUUGGUUUUCCCGCAACCAACCAACUCGCAUCCCGGUGCCCCGCCUCUUCAGCUGUGAACCACACCAACCUCUCUGAAUCUCCACAUCAUGGACGGUGUUGAUCUUACAAAGGCUGUAUUGAACAAGGGCAAACAAAUGGCUGCUGUCGCUGCCUCUGCUGCCAAUGGCAAUGGCGGCAAGAAGAGGAGAAAGGGGACUGACCUCAAACCCAUCGUCACCAAUGAUGCAAAUCCAGCCGCUGAUGCCAGUGGCGCCGCGCCCGCGAACCCCAAAGUUGCCGCUUCAUCGUCGCGGUCACCAUCUGCCUCAUCAGGGGAUGAAAUCGAAACCACCGCCGAGGAAGAAGAUUCCGAAGACUACUGCAAGGGUGGUUAUCAUCCCGUAGCUGUUGGGGAGACAUACAACAAUGGUCGCUACGUUGUGGUGCGCAAACUGGGCUGGGGUCAUUUCUCCACAGUGUGGCUGUCAAGAGACACCACUACCGGAAAACAUGUGGCGUUGAAGGUGGUGCGCUCCGCUGCCCACUACACUGAGACUGCGAUCGACGAAAUCAAACUUCUCAACCGGAUCGUUCAAGCCAAACCCUCCCAUCCAGGCCGCAAGCAUGUGGUGAGUCUGCUGGAUUCGUUUGAACACAGGGGCCCUAACGGCGUUCACGUGUGUAUGGUGUUUGAGGUGUUGGGUGAGAACUUGCUUGGUCUGAUCAAGCGAUGGAACCACCGAGGUAUCCCCUUACCCCUCGUAAAGCAGAUCACCAAGCAAGUCCUGCUGGGAUUGGACUAUCUCCACCGAGAGUGCGGCAUCAUCCAUACUGACUUGAAGCCGGAGAAUGUGUUGAUUGAAAUUGGCGACGUGGAGAAGAUUGUCGAGGCGCAUGUGGCGCAGGAAGAGGCGAAGAAAGAGAAUAAAGAGGAUAACCGCAACGGGCGGCGGCGGCGACGCACUUUGAUCACAGGCAGCCAGCCAUUGCCCAGCCCGUUGAAUACCAGCUUCAGCAGCUUCGACUUCAAGCACAGCUCUUCUAACUCACACAGUAGCCUAAGCCAGAUGGUGAAUGAGCCAACACCGGAGAACCCGUCGAUGAAGGAGGCGCUCGGUGUCAAAGACGAGGAUGACAAGCAAAAGCAGCGAGAAAAGACAGCUGAUCUCCUGGAGAGAGAGGUGUCUGGUAUCUCCCUGGAUAAGAGCUCAACCAAAUCCCUCGAGGAAGAGAUUGAUGCCAGCAUCAUUUCGGUCAAGAUUGCCGAUCUGGGCAAUGCGUGCUGGGUGGGACAUCACUUCACCAACGAUAUCCAGACACGUCAAUACCGAUCCCCCGAGGUCAUAUUGGGCGCAAAGUGGGGCGCAAGUACCGAUGUGUGGAGUAUGGCGUGCAUGACCUUUGAACUUAUCACCGGCGACUACCUAUUCGACCCGCAAUCCGGAACCAAGUACGGUAAAGACGACGACCACAUCGCCCAAAUUAUCGAAUUACUCGGCCCAUUCCCCAAGUCCAUGUGUCUAGCCGGAAAAUGGUCACAAGAUAUCUUCAACCGCAAGGGCGAGCUACGCAAUAUCCACCGACUCCGCCACUGGGCUCUCCCGGAAGUCCUUCGCGAGAAGUACCACUACACAGUAGAGGAUAGCAUGCGAACCAGCGAGUUCCUAUUACCCAUGCUGGAUCUUUCACCCGAGAAGCGCGCCAACGCCGGUGGCAUGGCCUCACAUGAGUGGUUACAGGAUACACCUGGUAUGGCCGGGAUCGAUCUAGGAAUUGCACCGGGGACUCGGGGUGACGGAAUUGACGGCUGGGCAGUGGAGGUCAAACGGCGAUGA